AGUAGACUGCAGAACAGUGGUUUUUACGAUUGUGGUGUGUGGAUGCGUGUUUACACGAGUCCCUCAACUGCACUCAAUGGAACUUUAAAACACGUUAUUUCACUCAUCCUUGCGCGUGUGCGUCUGGUAAAAUGAAACGACCCUGCACAUUUAUUCGAGCACUAGUUUCUAUGGUGUGCAUUGGUGUACAUUCCCGAGGCUUUACAUGGCCAAUAGACCAGUGUUAGGAUAGGGAGUCAAGUAGCGAGCAGUCAUCAUUCAACUUCAUCAAAAUUGCAGAGAAAACGGCCCUUCGCAUCCGAUAAUUAUUGAUUAUUUAUUGCCUAGAAGAAAUCAUUGUUUAUGGAAAAAAAAUAGUGCAAUUGUUGUUGGUUGCUUGUGUUGCCCAGUAAUUGACCGUUUGUCGCUGUGAACAGUUGUGUGUACACACUCCCGUGAUUAUGGUGAAAAUGAAAGGAGGAAACGAGAUAAUUACUCAUGAACAACUGUAAAAUGCGGGUGUGAUGAUAAUUAGUGGGUGAAUUUGUUUUUUGAUUGUGAGAAAUCUAUUUGCUCCCAUCGGGCUACGGGCAUUUAGGUUAAGCCCUUGUAUGUGUUGUUUACACGCCCCCUCAAUGUCUGAUUUGUCAUGAAGAGAGCACACUCGUUAGACACGAGUUUAUACGCUUGGGUGUGACAAUAACGGAAUGAGUUAAUUUAACAAACAGGUGUGAGGAGUGUGUCGUGAUUGUUUUGGAAUUUGUGAAGGUUAAGAGUUGGGCGCCUUUUGCGAGGGUUGUCGGGGGAUUGGGAGGGAAUAAUGAUGAGUACGUGGACUGAGAGAAUGCACAGGAGGGCUGCUACCCUUGGGAACGUGGUCACGAGCUGUGGACAUCCCAGCUCGGUGCCACCGUAUCCGAGGAGACUUGAAAAGGUGAAAUUUGGAGUUCCACUCGAUGAAGUCUGCAAGAACGAUAUUCCUGGUCCAUUGUUGGUUCUUAUUCUAAAACUCAAUAAAGAGGCCCCACACCGGAAGGAUGUAUUCCGAGCGCCAGGACAUCAGGGCAACAUGAAGAAAUUGAUACAUUUUCUUCAAACCGGGCGAUUAGUUAACAUUGACAACUUCAGUGUUUACACGAUAGCCAGUGUGUUGAAAAAGUUCUUGCGUAAAAUACCUGGCGGAGUGUUUGGACGCGAGGGUGAGCAGCAAUUGUUCACGGUCAUACAGCUGGACAGUAUCGAGCAACAACGGGACCAGAUACAUAAAUUAAUCACUUCAUUGCCAAUAUACACCCAACGCCUGCUGGUGUUACUCUUCGGGACGUUUAGGGUAGUUGCAGUAAAUAGUGAACGAGCAAGAACUGGAAUGUCGAGUGAAGCACUCGGCGUUUCUGUCGCACCCUCGUUUUUCCAAAGCUGUGUGAGUGACGGAAAAACUGCCAAAAUGGAAGAUGUCUUGAGGUUCAAGGUUGCAACUCGAGUUAUGAAAUUCAUGAUUGACAAUUUCGGUGUGUCGAAUUUGUUUGGACGUGAGAACUACGAAUUCUAUGCGAGAAUCACUGGACGAAUACUGAAGGUCGACGAGGACUGGAUAUUUAGUUUUAGAUAUCCGCCGGAUUCUCUUGUAUCAAGACAACUAUCACUAGAAGCAGAGAAAACAUGGCUGCAAUAUGAAUGCGAACGAUGGGGACUGAAAUUCAAUUUGGAAUCAAUGUCACAUCAGGAAGAGUCUCAAUCGACCCCCGCACUGAUCCACGUCCCAGAAACUAUAGAGCUGACGUCAUCCCUGGGAAUGAUCCCAGAGAACACCCUCCUGGAGAGUUACACAAGACUGUCAGUGAGCCUCGAGGAAAACGGUCUCUUUCAGGCAUCAAGUAGAUCCUCAAGCAACGGUAGUCAUCAUUCACGCCAUGGAGACAUAAUGACACUAGACGAACUGAGGGCAGUUAACCGUUAUGCUGAGAGCACAAAGAGCCUCAGUUAUCUGCCACAGGUGCACGAGAGGCAAACCGCACGAAUGCGCACCCGGUCUGAGUGGUUUUUGACACCCGUUGGGGAGAGAUUAGCUGGAACUGAUAGCGAUCCAACUGCUAUACACAUUCUUAGGGGAUCCAAUCGCUCGUCGUCGGGAAAUAUCGCAACAGGUCUGAGUGCCAGUGCAGAGUCUGUAAAACGUCCGAGUCUGCGUCGAACAGCUUCGAGAGAGAAAUCCCGUUUGCACCGUAGCUCAUCCCGCCGAAACAAGGAGAACGGUGCAAAGUGUCGAAGUGACUCGGGAAAAUCGCGCUCUCUAGAAGCAAUGAAGAUGAAGAGAGUCUCCCUGGACCUACCAGCGGAGAAAAUCCUCAAAAAUAGUGAGGAACUCCCGAACGAGGUAGACAAGACUGCAGAAAUGCCGAUUGGUCCCCAGGACUGCACUGAAAUGGACGUCCAGACGUUCCACGUCACUCUCACAUACAAACCUCGUAUAUGAAAGGAACAAUAGGACUAAUAAUUCAAAUAACACAAAAUAAACUAACAAAAGGGAUAAGACACUA